GUCCCCAGGAUUGAUACACUCUAGGAAAUACCUGGGUUCGGUCUGUUGUGUCUAGGCUAGGUGUUUCUGUGAGGUGCUGUGUUUCUGGGGCAAGACUAAUAGGCUGUGAUUCGGCUAAGGAGGCUUGGUUGUAGAAGGCGUCAGAGACCGUGAGGCGAUAUCUGUUAAGCCUGUUCUUUGGCUUGGUAGUCUUCGUUCUCGUUUCUCCGUCGUCAGCAAUUCAGGCCAACGGCAAGCCUGACACUCAGCCUUCACUAGACACCGGGAGAACCUAGGCUCUCCCCGAAAUAGGCAGAAUUCUAUUUUCUUACCUGAACGGAGUCUACUGAGUCUAAUAACGGAGUUUAUUGACGGAGUUUACUGACGAAAUUUAUUUGACGGAGUCUGUUAAUAAGGUUUUUUCUCGUCAUGGGAGCGACUAGGAAGCUCCAAGGAGAGAUCGACCGUGUGCUUAAGAAGGUCCAAGAAGGGGUAGAGAUCUUCGACGGCAUAUGGAACAAGGUGUACGACACGGAGAACCUGAACCAGAAGGAGAAGUUCGAGGCGGACCUGAAGAAGGAGAUCAAGAAGCUGCAGCGGUACCGCGACCAGAUCAAGACAUGGAUCCAGUCCAGCGAAAUCAAAGACAAAAAGGCAUUGCUGGACGCGAGGAAGCUAAUAGAGCGGGAGAUGGAGCGGUUCAAAGUGUGCGAGAAAGAGACCAAAACGAAAGCUUUUAGUAAAGAGGGGCUUGGUCAACAACCAAAGACGGACCCAAGAGAAAAGGCCAAGUCAGAGUCUCGCGACUGGCUGAACGGGAUGGUGAGCGAGUUGGAGUCGCAGAUCGAUUCCUUUGAGAGCGAGAUGGAGGGGCUGCAAGUCAAGAGGGGAAAGCAACGCCCUCCACGCCUGAUGCAUCUGGAGGAGUCGAUCACGCGGCACAAGGCGCACAUCACUCGUUUGGAGAUGAUCCUGCGCCUGAUGGACAACGACGAGCUGAGCCCCGAGCAAGUGACGGACGUGAAGGACCUGGUGGAGGACUACGUUGAGAGGAACCAGGACGACUUUGAGGAGUUCUGUGAGCCAGACGACCUGUACGAGUCCCUUCCUCUUGAGAAGAUGGAUGCGCUGGAGUCCCUGGAGUCGGUGCCCAUUGUGCCGCAGGCCAUCGUGGUCAAGGAGAAGGCUGCAGUCGCUGCUGCCUCUGGCCUCGCGCUGCCCAAGUCCAUCCUCACUGCCUCCUCCCUGCCGAAAGGGGGAGCAGCUGGAUCCCUCGCGCACCCCUCACCCUCAUCCGUCUCCUCUGACACAUCUGACUCCGUUGCUGCUGAAGACUCCUCUCAUGGCUCGUCCCGCGCGGCUGCUGCUGCUGCUGCCGCUGCUGCCACAGCCGCCCCCCUCCCCGCCACCAUCACCACUUCCUCUGCUGCUUCUUCCCGUGCUACAGCUGGCCGUGCUGCCGCUGCUACUGCUACAGCCAGAGCAGUGGCACCUGUAGCAGCACCUGCAGUAACAUCACCAACAGCAGCAGCUCCAGCAGCAGCAGGAGUGGUAGCGGCAGCGCCAGUUGCUGCGAGCGCGGUUACAGUUACGAAUGGGGGGCGAGUAGGGGCGAAGGAAUCAGGUGGUGGGGGAGAGGAAGGUGCAGGAGGGGGGGGGGGCAUGUGGUGGCAAGUGUGGGGGGUAAGAGGGUGGGUCCCGGCAUAGGGGAAGUUGCAGGGGGGGUGGCAGGGCGGCAUACCAGGUCUGUAGAUCUUGGGUCUUCCAGUGGGGCGGCAGGAUCAGCCGCUCCAGGCUCAGCGGCAGGUCAGGCAGGGGCAGUGGCAGCUGCUCUGGGAGGUUCGGCAGCUAGUGCAGGUUCGGCGGCAGGCUCGGGCUUGGCAGCUGCGAAAUCAGGGAAGAAAGGGGCAAGUUUGGCUGCGAUUGUUGGGGGUGCUGGAAGCCCGGGCGUUGCUGCUGGCGGUGCUGCUGCUGGUGGUGGUGGUGGUGGUGGUGGUGGUGCUGCUGCUGCUGCUGCUGCUGCUGCUGCUGCUGCUGCUGCUGCUGUCUCUUCUGCUGCAGCUGCUAUUGGUGCAACCCCAGGUCCAAGAUCUAUCACUUCUCCUCCUCCCCCGUUCCCUGUUUCUGGCUCAGUCACACCUUCCGCUGCCGGGCCUGCAGGUUCGGCCGUGCCUAGCUACUCCCAUGCUGCAGCUGGUGCGGUGCAGCAACAACCGGCAGGAGAUGCAGGGGUAGCAGCAGCAGGGGCAUCAGGGGCAGGGCUUUUGCCUGGGGUGGGAUUGGCUGGUCAAUCCGUCUCUGGGGGUGUGGCUGGUGCCAAUGGUGCUGUGGCCAGUGCUAUUGGUGCUACUGGAGUGGCUAUGAGACCUCCCUUGCUCUCUGUCGGUUCCUCGCCAGUCCCCCCAUCAGCCUUUGCUUCUGGCCCCACCCAAUCCAGCGCAGUAAUAUCCACUGGCCUUGCCCCAGGCGGCCUCGUUCGUCCGUUUGCAUCUGCAGCAGGUGGGGCUCCAGGUGCUUCGUCAGGUGUUGCUGACGCCGCCGCCGCUGCAGCCACAGCAACGGCAAUGCCAGGCGGAUCCCUCCUUUCCGCUGCGCUCCCCGGAGCAGCAGGCUCGGCAGCAGGCCUCGGAGUAGGUUCGGUGGGAGGCUUGGCAGCGCCAGGCUCGGCAGGAGGAGGGAUGAUGAUGACAGGGGUGGGAGGCGUGGCUGUGGGAGGCAUGGGUCAAGGGGGGGUGGGGGCUGGACUGGGUGCGGCAGCAGCAAAUGUGCUGAGUGCGCAGCAGAGGAUGUUCAAUGCGGUGGGCGCGCAGUGGAGACCAGGGCUCCCCAGUUCGGCUGCCUUCCAGCAGCUGCAGGGAGGGGCUGCUGCUGCCGAUGGCGGUGGAGGGCUCUCUGCUCUUCCUGCAGGGGUCCGCUUCCCACCUGGGUUCCAGCGCACGGAGAUAGCCCCGGACCAGAAGCAGAGGUACAUCACGCGCUUUCAGCAGGUGCAGCAGCAGGGGGUCACUGCUGCUGUCAUGGCUGCCGCAGCUGCCGCCGCAGCUGCAGGCGCAGGCUCGGGAGCAGGUUCGGGAGCGUCCCUUGCUGGUUCGGCGUCGGCUGGGAGCUUGUCUUCCUCGCCUCUAUUGUCCAUGCAGCAACAUCCUGUGCUAUCCCAGUCGCCUCUUCCCCCACAGCAGCAGCAGCAGCAACAACAACUGCAGCAACAGCAGCAGCAGCAGCAGCAGCAGCAGCAGCAGGCAACCCAAUCACCAGCAGCAGGCGCAGCAGGGAUGGGAGCAGAUGGACAGACGCGGCAGGGUGGAGGACAGGAGAAGCCUGAGGAUCAGACACAGCAGGACAAGGCACAGGGGCAGGUGCAACUGAGGCAGGUGAAUGCUGGGGUAAAUGGGCCUCAGCAGCAGCAGCAACAGCAACAGCAACAGCAACAGCAACAGCAACAGCAACAGCAACAGCAACAGCAACAGCAACAGCAGCAGCAGCAGCAGCAACAGCAGCAGCAGCAAAUUCAGCAGCAGCAGCAAGAGAAGAAGCUUGCAGAGGCACAGCAGCAGCAGCAGCAGCAAAUGGAGCAGGAAAAGCAGCAGCAGUUGCUACAACAACUGCAGCAACAGCAGGCGGCAGCCGGGGUAGGUGUAUCUGCGGAAGGUGGCAUGGAUCCCCAACAGCAGCAGCAGCUGCUGCUGCUACUCCAGCAGCAGGAGCAUCAGCGCUUGCAGCAGCAACAACAACAGCAGCAGCAGCGGUUAUUGCCCUCUCCGCCCCCUCUACUCUCUCAGCAGCAGCAGCAGCAGCAGCAGCAGAUGGGCCAUAUGGCAGGGCCAGGGGCAGUAGGCCCCUCCAUGCCCUCACUACAAGCACCAUCCACCGCUCCCUCCUCCUUCCCCCUACCAUCCUCCACCACCCCUCCCACCACCACCGCCACAGGUUCCCUCUCUUCAGCUACAGCUGCUGCUACAGCCGCUGGCGCUGCUCCGUUUGCUGGUCCGGCUCUCGCUGCACCAGGAGUCAUCGGCAGGAAGCACGGGGGUGUGGGAAUGGGUGAGGUAGGGUCAGUUAGUGACCCCAUGUCCCUUGCCUCUGCUACCACCACUGCUGCUGGCGCUGCUGCUGGUACUGCUGGGUCGGCUGGUGUAGGAACAGGUGGAGCAGGGGGAGCAGUGGGAGCAGGUGGGGUGGGGCAAGGGGCAGGGGCAGCAGCAGGGGCGCCGGUGGACCAUGCACUGAAUCUGGCCCUAUUGGAGUCGUCGUUUGGGAGCUUACCCCAGCCUAAGGACUCGGACCGACCCAGGGCUUAUAUUCCGAGGAACCCCGCCAUCACGCCUGCCAGCUACCCCCAGGCGCCUGCAGCAGUGCUGGAACACCCAGGGCUGUGGGAGCGGCUGGACAUGGACGUGCUCUUCUUCGCCUUCUACCACCAGCAGGGCACGUACCAGCAGUACCUAGCUGCCAGGGAGCUGAAGAAGCAGUCGUGGCGCUACCACAAGAAGUACAACACGUGGUUCCAGCGCCAUGAGGAGCCCAAGCUCACCACCGACGACUACGAGCAGGGCACCUAUGUGUACUUCGACUUCCACAUCGUGCACGAUGACUACCAGACCGGAUGGUGUCAGCGGAUCAAGACGGAGUUCACGUUUGAGUACAGCUAUCUGGAGGACGAACUGCCGGCUGCUUAGGCCGAAGACAAAUUGAGAAAAGACUUUGGAAUGAUGGGCUAGCUGCAUCGGGCAGGCCUGGUUGCCCCGUUAUACCUGUUUUAUUCUGGAGUGGACGUUUCUUAUCGUGUGUCUGCUCCUGGCCUAGAGCUAGCAUACUAUUUAUUAGAUGUGGGUAUGUAAGCCCCGUCAAUAAUUGGUUAUUCCUGGCGCUUAGGACGCUUAUGAGAGCUCACAACAUGAAGCCAUGGAAUUUGAGAUGAUGCAGCCAUGCUGCAAGGCAUUAGUACUUGCACCCUUCAUGCGUGGGGACAAAAAAAUUGUGUGAUAUUGUCGGUUUGGUAGCC